CUUUUAUUCGAAACUCUUGAGGCAGUCUACCCACAAUGCACUUCUUACACGUAUGCAUCAGUCUACUGUUUCUGGUAUGGGCAGCAGAAGGAGUACCAGUGCCCAAGGAGGCAGACCAAGACAUAGAAGACGACGAGGAGGUCGUGGCUGAGCUGGCGAGGAGGCUUCGUCCUCUAGAAACUCUAGAGGCCAAACAGAGACGACUGGAGGAGUUGGAGGCGCGGCAGAGGAUGUUGAACGACCUGGAGUCCAGCCAUCGCUCGCUGGACGAACAAGGGGCUGUGGAGUCCCACGGGUGUGGUGGAGGAUGUUCCCAGGGGAGGGUCAGAUCCAGGGUGUCCGAGGACCUGGAGGCUCAGUACGCGAAAGAUCUUCAUCCUCGGCCAAUCUUCGGCCUCCUCAACGACAUCCUGGAGACGGCGCAGUACGGCUGCAAGGUAGAUAGUCCCCGCGCUCACUUCAUUUUCUGAUCGUCUGUCAACGU